AUGUUACCUUGGCUGAGCGAUAGAAAGUAUCAGUUACUUAUUGAGUCGAUUAAUAAAGCACUGCCUCAAAACUAUGACUUUGAAAUUAUAAAAACUCUGACUCGUUUGAGUCAGGUAAAAGCCAAAUCUGUUUGUUUACAGUUUCCUGAAGGUUUAUUAGCUUGGGCAGAUACGAUUGCGUUCUUGAUUGAAGAAUUUGCUGAUGGCGAAAUUGAUGUUUUCGUGGUUGGUGACGUUGUGUAUGGAGCUUGCUGCAUCGACGAUAUAAGGGCUGCUUACUUUGAUUGUGACUUUUUGGUUCACUACGCACAUUCAUGUUUGGUUAAAGUAAGCGAUAUGGACGUGCCCUGCUUAUACAUAUUUGUGAAAAUUAAAAUUGACCCUGAAGAUUUUGUAAAAGCCAUUAAAAAUAUUAUAUUCAUGGUUUUGCCCGACGCUAGUGGCGGUCACUCAAAGGAAGCGACCUUAACUAAGUUACAUUUAAAUGCAACCGUACAAUAUAUCGAUGUUGUUCAUUUUGCUUACAGAAAAUUAGUAGAAGACGGCUACGGCGACAGAAUUUCUAUUCCAAUCUGUUCCCCAUUAAGUCCCGGAGAAACUUUAGGAUGUACAUCCGCAAAACUAAAUGGUAACUUAUGUGUUUUUUUGGCAGAUGGCCGUUUCCAUAUUGAAAGCUCCAUGAUUCAAAACCCACAUGUUGUUUAUUAUAGAUUUGAUCCGUUUACAAGACGGAUGUUCUUGGAAAAAUAUGACCAUCAAGCUUUGUAUCUUACACGAAACAGAGUUUUACGCUCGGUACGCAUUAAUCCGAGAGUUCCUUAUCUAAACGAAUUUACUGCAGACUUGAUAGUGAAUGUAGGUUGCCCACGCAUGAGCAUUGACUGGGGCGCGGAAUCUUGUCACAUUCCUUUUAUUUCAACGUUCGAGUAA